AUGACGGUCACCGCGUUCGCCGCCACCAAGGUGGACGCCAAGGUGGACGCCAAGCCCCCGGCGGACGCCGCCAAGACGGACGCGUCCAGGACGACGCCGGCCGCCCCGCCAUGGCUGACGCCGCAGCUGCUGACGGCCGCGCUGCGCGAGGAGGACGAGACCACCGGCCAGGUGACGACGAUCCGCGUGCGGCCUGCCACCGGCGCCAACGAGAACUACAUGAGCGAGCUGUACCGCGUGCACGCGCACAUCGGCAAGGCUGAGGUGCGGCGGCUCAUCGUGAAGGCCGUGCCGGCCGCGGAGGUGGCCGCCGCCAUCGUCUCGUCGUGCGGCCUGUUCUCGCGCGAGACGCGCACCCUGCGGGACCUGCUGCCGCGCAUGGAGCGCCACCUGGCGGCCGGGCUCGCGCACCGGCCCAAGCACCACCAGAAGCUGGGGCCCAGGGUCAUCGCCGCCUGCUCCAACGGGGCGCUCGUCAUGGAGGACCUGUGCGAGAGGUCCUACUCCAACGUGCCGCGCGCGGACGGGCUGGACCUGCCCCACAGCCUGGUGGCCGUGCGCCUGCUCGCGCGCCUGCACGCCGCCUCCCUGCUGCUGCACGCGCGGGGCGGCGAGCACGCCCGCGCCCUGGAGGCGCUCGGCAACUGCUGGCUGGACGAGCCGAUGCGCACCACGUUCCAGACGCUCUUGACGACGUCGCUGCUGACGCUGGCCAACGCGGCGCGUACCUGGCCGGCGCUGGGGGACGCCGUGGCCGACAAGAUGAAGGCCGCCGCCCCCGUGGCGCACAAGCGCGUCCUCGAGGCCCUCGCCAACAAGCCGGGCGACUUCCUGGUCAUGUGCCACGGCGACGCCUGGUCCAACAACAUCAUGUUCGACUACGACGAGGAGACGGCGCAGGUGCGGUCCGCGCUGCUCGUGGACUUCCAGAUGGUGUCCUGGGCCAGCCCCAGCAUGGACCUGCACUACUUCCUGACGCUGGCCGUGGCGCCGCGCGUGCUGCUCGAGUCGUCCGCGCGCGUGGUGCGCGCCUACCACGCCGAGCUGGUGGAGUGCCUGGCCUGCAUGGGGUGGCGCGGCGACCCGCCCUCCCUGGCCGCGCUGCAGAGGGACGUCCGCGCCCGCGAGGUGUACGCCUUCUCGUCCGCCGUCAACCUGCUGCCCAUCCGCUUCGUGGACGCCAACCUGGACAUGGACUCGGCCGCCAUGAUGGAGGUGGACAGCCCCGUCAGGCUCAAGACGCUCAACGACUCCCGGUGCCGCAAGCUCAUGGAGGCCCUCAUACCCGGCUACCUGGCCCGGGGCUUUCUCGACCCGUGACACUCACGGUAAACUUGAGUGUGGAGGAAGGAAACAGUACACACUUUGGCACUCAGCGUGCGCACUCGGUACACAGUUGACUGUUCUCAGUGCAGUCAGCUUCGGGGAUUCUGAAGCGGGCUGAACCGAGGCGAAUGCGUCGCGCGCUGUUUCGCCCGGGCCGGUUGUUUCUUGUCCAUUUCAUCUUUCAUUUCUAAACCGAAAUGAAGUAAAACAUUUGAAAA